CAUCAUUGCAUUCACACACACAUUCCUCUGUCAAAGCAGCAACCAGCCACCCCAACGCAUCACCGUCGUCGUCAUCGUCGUCGUCGUCCUUCACCAGCCAGCCGAGGUUGCUUGUCGCCAGCACGCCUGCACAACGAUGCCUCCCGCAAAACGAGGAAAGGCCUCAACAAAGGCCCCAGCGACCACCGUCCCAAAAACGCCAACACCUGCACCAAAGUCCCGCAAGAAGGCCGCCUCAGGCGAGAAGAAGACCAAGGAACUGGAACGCAACAGAGCUGCCGCCACCCGCUGCCGCGAGCGCAAGAAGCAACGCAAACAGCAUCUGCAGCAGCGUGAAAAUGCCCUCGUGCAAGAGAACAAACAAGCCCUGGAGGAAAUGAAGCGGUUGCGAGAGGAAAUUGCUUCGCUCAAGAGCGUGCUGCGAGAACGCCGGGGCCAAGAUUUUAUUGCGCGGAUGGGGCUGUCGGAGUACUCGGAAGAAACGUUUGACAUCAACACGUUGUUCAGCGCAACACAGCAGGCCACACAGGAAGUGCCGGCCUCACCUGCUUCAUCGGUCACCACCACUUCCCCAACGAACAACACAACAGCAACGACAACGACAGCGACAAUGCAAGCAACAGCGACGGCUGCGGGGCCGGCGCUUGGAAUGCCUCCAGCAGCGGUCAACGGUACCACGCCAUCGUAUCAAAUGCCCGCUGACGCAGCACUCUCCCAGGGCCUUCCCUCAGUUCCCACAGACAACCAGUUCAACGGCCUCAACUACUCUGGCUGAUAAAUGUUGAUUGGAGUGUCAUGUUGUGCUUUGUUUGCUUGUUGUAAAGUGUAACCUAUCGCAAGCAUUGAUGGUGUUGACUGUGUUCACUUGUGUGCGUUAACUUGUGUGCGUGUGUGCAGCGCGGUUGAGCGCUGUUGUUAUCCCCGCCGUCCAUGUCCAACCAGACCUGAUGAUGAUGAUGAUGAUGCUGUUACCUGCACCAGCCCAGUUGCUCUUUCCCCUGUUUUGUUCAUUACCUGUCGCACGUCGCUUGGUCAAGUGAAAUGAGGGAGGGAAUUGAGGUGUGCGGAGGCGUGUCACGGUGUGCCUGUGUUCUCCUUCUUCUCACUCUUGGCUAAUCCCUCGACAUCCCUUUCGUUCUUCCAACCAACAUGCACGCCCACGACGUGUGUGUUGCCUUGUCGCAUAUCCAUUACAAUACAGUCAGCAAAGACCGUCUCCUCC